AUGAGUGUCCAAAACAAGAACAAGAGAGAAGUAAGGCCAAAACGGCGGUUAGUUUGGCCUCGAGGCGACUUAUCGGUGCAGCCCACCGAGGAACAGAAUAUGAUGUGUUGAAGAGUUUAAUAAUCGAACUCGAAAAGGCGUACGAUGAUUUCUGUGUAGCAAAUGAAGAGUUUGAACUUCUCGUGGCAGAGGAAGAGAACAGUGAACAUCGUGUUGUGAACGGAGAGGAUGUUAGUGAGUAUAGAGACAAUGUUAAACAGUGUUAUAAUGAGACUAGGGAAGUAUUCUUGGAACGAAAGGCUGCUGAGCAAGAAAUAAGCAAAAACUUAGCAAUAGAACCAGCGAGAGUUGCAGUGGCGUAACUACUAUGGGCUCAGACCGGGUGAACCCGGGGGCCCCCAACCCAAAUGGGGGCCCCCAGGCUUACGCGAUAGGGCAAAUACAUUGGCCAGGGCCGCUGAUAUCUUACAAUGUCGUUUUAUGACCAUCAGAAUUCUGUAAAAUCUCUCCCCAAAGUCCAGGAAAUGGCAUUUCAGAGAGUCUAGAUUCAAAAAUUUUCCGGAUGACCAUGCCCUGGACCCCCUAGAAAACUUGUGCAUAUACGGCGCUCGACAUGUGCCUUUGGCACCUCUACUAGGGGGGCCUUUGAAAAUUUUGAACCGGGGGCCCCCUGAUAUAACGUUACGCCACUGGAGAGUUGCCUUAAAGCUAGAUUCUAGUCGAAUAAGUGAGUUAAUCGAAACAGUUGAUAUAAACAUUAACUCUACCAGUCCAAAUAAACGAGCAUUGCAAUUAGACAAAGAAGAAUUGCAGGCAAUGUUAAAUGUGUUGUGUGGGAAAAUCUCUGAAUUGAGUUUGAUUGGGUCUUCAAAAUCGGAGGAAGAUAUUCAGUUACAUCUUGAGAUUGAUAAGAUUAUUGCACAGGGUUUUAAACAGGUUAGAUCAAUAAACCUGUAUUUAUGUGAUUGUCAAAGUUCAAUCGAGAAAACUCCAUCACCCCCUAUUGUAAAUCAAGUAGAUACUGUGGGUGCAUCUGCUGCACUUCUUAACAUAGACCCCCAAAAUAGUGCAACCUCUAGUAGCCCACCUGUGACCAAUCCCAGUACUCAAAUUGACCACACCCCUACCAGCCCCUCCAAGGAAGGGGCAGUGAGUGACAUCCCCCCACCUGCAGUUACAGAGACAGAUACUACCAUCAAUGUGUCUGCACCUGAAUUUGUACCUUCAACAAUGAAUGAUCCAGUGAGUAGUUCUGUAAUCAGUGCCUAUUCCACCUAUACAUGUACCAAUCCCCAAGCCAUACCCCAAAGUGCAAGUACAUCACAGCAAACCUUUCCUAUUUUAUAUCAAUACCCAACCACCAGCACCAUACACCACCCCCCUCCACAGAUCAAUCCAUCUACAGUCAACACACCCCACCAUUUAAGUACCAUCACCGCCCCAAUCCACUUGUCGCCACCUGUCAAUCCCACUUCAAGUUUUCCACCAAAUUCGAUUGGCUUACACCAAUACCCAAGCAACACCCAACCCCACCUUGGUACAAGUAUGACCCAAGCAACAUUACAGCAAACUUUCAGUAACACCAAUCCAUACCACAACACCCCCCUACCACCACACCAUAGUAUGACAAGUCUCUACAACAAUGUACCUCCACAGAAUUUGGUAAGUUCACCAGAGACAAGUAUGUAUUUGAACAGUGUGUCCCCAAGCACUCCAACUACUAGCCCAUCAACAUGGAACCCACUGCAAGUACCAGUGACUUAUUCUACUCCCAAUGCGAGCGAGACAUAUUUGGUCAAUCCCAGCACAGUCCCAAUCCCCUCAGUCGGUCCACAACCUACACCUCACCACAGCCCUAAUUCACUGGGCUUCAAUUCUCGGGUCCAGGUAAAGAAAAUGGCUUUGCCAACAUUCAGUGGUAACCGCAAAGAGUGGCCAGAGUUCAAAGCGAUUUGGAAAUCA